UUCAAGCUUCUUUUCUAACCACAGCUGAGCUGAGAGCGAUGAAUCCUGCAAACCCAACUCAACAGUACCCAGCUGAGACCAUCCCCUUCCACGGAAUGAGGUACAAUGGGACCCCUGGACAACCUAAGAGUUCUACCCAAAAUGUUUGGCGGCCAGCAACAGAUCCUGCUUACCCAACUCAAAACUACUCAGCAGAGACUGUUCCCUUGCAGAGGACAAGGUACGAAGACCCCCUUGGACAGCCCCAGAGGUCUACAGUGGUUCAGCACACCACUGUGGACAUCAACUCUGAGCCCCCCCAGGACCACAUCAUUUGGUCAAUCUGCAACCUUGUCUAUGGAAACCUAUGUUUUCUUGGACUAGCAGCUCUCGUCUUCUCUGUCAAGGCCAGAGAUCGGAAGAUGGUUGGAGAUCUGAAUGGUGCCAAACACUACGGCACCACUGCUCGCUGCCUCAACAUCUGGGCCACAGUCCUGGUCUCCCUGAUAUUCUUUAUUAUCUUCAUUUUGGUUAUUGCUAGCAUUGCAUAGACAACUCAGGCUGUUCAAUCCAAUGCUGUGUUCUCUUUUUCUCUGUCAAAAACUGAUGAAAGACAUGGUCAUAUAUUUUCUUUUAUAUGUCUUGACAGAAAAUUUUUUAAAUGGCUAAACUUCACUAUACACGUUGCUGAGUGAUGUGGAAUUAUGAUGACUUACAAUCAUCCAGAAAACAGUCUCCUACAAACAUGAGAUUUCAUGUCAAUUACAAACUGAGAUUUUCAAUGUCGAAGUUAAAAUAUGUAUUUUUCUUUUCUAUUAAACAGAAUUAUUAGUUAAUCUUUAUAAAUAUUAAGAUAAUAAACAGUGUCAUUC